AUGUCGAAUCAGUCAGGACUCUUCUGUCCUCUCCAACUUGGGAAAUGUUACUUAAAGAACCGAGUCAUUCUUUGUCCAUUGACUCGAUUUCGCGCCGAUGUUGGUGCAGUUCCAUCUUCACUGAUGAAAGAGUACUAUACUCAGAGAGCUAGCGUACCAGGUACCCUCCUUAUAACAGAGGCGACUUCAAUCUCAGAAGACGCACGUGGGUUUGAUAAGGUUCCAGGCAUUUGGAAUCAAGACCAAAUUGCCGCCUGGAAGACGAUAGUGGACGCAGUCCAUUCCAAAAAUUCAUUCAUCUGGCUUCAAUUGUGGGCCACAGGAAGAGCUGCCGAGCCUGGCUUUAAUUGUGUGUCAAGCAGCUCAAUUCAAAUUCCACCCCAGGAAGACCCGAACGAAAUUUACCCAGUACCUCGCUCACUCACUUCUAUGGAAGUGGAGAAUUUCAUCAAUCAAUACGUUCUUGCCGCUGAGAAUGCGAUGAAUUGCGGCUUUGAUGGAGUUGAGAUUCAUGGUGCGAAUGGAUUCUUGAUUGAUCAAUUUACCCAAGAGUCUUGUAAUAAAAGAACAGAUGAGUGGGGUGGCAGUUUGGAGAAACGCGCUCGAUUUGGGCUGGAAGUAACCAAAAGGAUCAUAUCGAAGAUUGGGGCUGAUCGAGUUGGAAUAAAACUUUCGCCUUGGAGCACUUACCUUGGAAUGGGGGUCAUGGAGGAUCUAGUCCCUCAAUUUGAGUACAUAAUCAAACAGCUUCAUGAGAUGAACGUCGCCUAUCUUCAUCUUGCCAAUUCAAGAUGGGUGGAGAGUAAAUCGCACCCAGACGUCGACAAUGAAACCUUCGUUCGCAUGUGGGGUAAAGCAAAACCUAUCAUUAUCGCAGGCGGCUACAAUGGAGAAUCUGCUAGGAAAGUUGUUGAAGAUACCUACGCUGGACAUAACAAUAUCGCUGUCGGCUUUGGUCGGCACUUUCUUGCGAACCCUGAUUUACCCUUCAGGUUGAGACACGGUAUCCAGCUUGCACCAUAUGACCGGGAGACAUUUUACGGUCCUGGUUCUGAAGGUUAUACAGAUUAUCCUUUCAGCUCGGAGUUCAUUGAUUCGCAUUAA